ACCACUCUUUCGCCGACGGUGGACCACCAGCUUGGAUUACUUAAUUUUUUGUGGCAGUUUAGUGACCGAACGCAAACCGCACUAGUCAUGGUGAUGCGAAGUUCUCCGUUGACGGGCUGGAAGAACGUCAGCACCGGGUCGGACGCGGAAGCUCAUCGGCCCCCCACUCGGAUAGCGGUUCAGGUGGUCCAGGGGUACAUCUACGGCGUGCGGGAUAUGCUUCCGAACGGGGACAACUACUUCUACUUCAAAGGGAUUCCGUACGCGAAACCGCCGGUGGGGAAUCUUCGGUUCAUGAGCCCGGUGCCGAUCGAGAAGUACGCGGUGUCCUACCUGGACUGUACCGCGGAACGUGGCAACUGCAUGGGGAUGGACGUGCUGACGAAGGAGAUUACCGGAUCGGAAGAUGGGCUGUACUUGAACGUGUAUACGACGAAGAUUCCCCGGAAGAACGAUCCACCGGUGAAGCUUCCGGUGAUGGUGUUCAUUCACGGCGGGGGGUUGGUCGGGGGUCACGCGGACAGUUCGAUGUAUUUGCCGAACUAUUUGCUGCAGGAGGAUGUGGUGGUUGUGACCGUCAACUACAGGUUGGGAGUGCUGGGCUUUCUGUGUCUACCGGAAGCAGGUGUUGAAGGCAAUGCCGGACUCAAAGAUCAGCGCAUGGCCCUCCAGUGGGUCCACCAGAACAUUGCCCAGUUCGGCGGAGACCCCGGCAACGUGACCCUCUUCGGCGCCAGCUCCGGUGCGAUCGCGGUGAACUUCCACGCCCUGUCGAAGGAGUCCAAGAAGUACUUCCACAAGGCAAUCAUGCAGGCGGGAUCGAUCUACAUCGAGUACGGCCACCAGGAUCAACCGGAGGAAAAAGCUCGCAAUCUGGCGCAGCUGCUGGGCUACACGCCGGAAAGCGAUGCCGAGGUGUACCAGAUAUUGAAGAACGCACCGGCGAAGAAGUUGUUCGAACUGCAGUCAAAGGUGCUCACCAAGCGGGAGCAGAAGGUCGAGAAGCUGUUCCAGAUUCCGUUUCUUCCGGUCAUCGAGCGAACUCAGUCGCUGGACGCUAUCAUUACGCGACAUCCAACGGAGAUCAUGAUGGAACCGGACAGCAUGGACAUCCCGAUCAUUCUGGGGUAUUGCGAGCACGACGGGAUGAUGGUGCUGAUUGAUGCUCUGAAGAAUCUGAACGAUUACAACCGCGAGCCGGAGCGCUUCAUCCCUCGAACCUUGGACAUUGACUACUUCACUCCGGCGGCGAAUCAACUCGGUGAACAGAUCAAGAAGUUCUACUUUGAAGACAAAGCCGUGUCCCGUGACACCUUACUCCAGCUGGUGGACUGCUUCACGGACAAGUACCUACUAGCAUACCGGAUCACCUCGGAGCUGUGGGCCAAGUACCAGCGCAAGACCCGCAUGUUUGGCUAUCGAUUCGCGUUCGACGGACUUCUGAACAAAGGCAAAGCCAUAACCUCGUGCACCUCGAUGAAGGGAGCGGCCCACAUCGACGAAGUGUACUACAUCUUCAGCUCGCCGAUUCUGAAGACGGAGGUCCCGAAGACCAACAAGGCGUACCGGAUGCGCCAGACCAUGGUCCGGAUGUGGACCAACUUUGCCAAGUGCUCGGAUCCGACGCCCGAGGGAGAGGACUCGCUGCCGUUCAAGUGGGAACCCGUGGAGAACAUGCCGCUGGACAGUGAGGAGCUCAAGCAGAACAUACUGAACAUUUCGGACGAGAUUCAGAUGAUGGAGAUGCCCGAGAGGAAGAGGAUGGACUUUUGGGUUGAGAUCUACCGAAAGUUCAACGGACACGUUUCCAACUCCCGGAUUCCGACCUGCGCCAAGGGCGUUGAGCAGAACAAUAAUGUGUGAUGCCGUAUUUUGUAACUCUAGAUAACUUCAAUAAAUUUUGACUCGAAA